AUGCCGUGCCGUUGAGAGAGCUUUGAGAAGGGUUUAGGAAACUAUGGCUUCCAUCAACGCUCGAUAUGACGAGCUUUGGCAGCCGGCUCAACAAUGGCUGUCGGAUGCACCGCUCAACCCGCAAUCUCGACGUACGCGGCGUGCUUGACGUGCCGUUGAAUGGCGGUUUGUUUUUAUCAUCGGGAAGUGAUAGGGAGGUGGGGCGCCGAAUUCCAUUGGCAAAUUUCUUUCUUUGAUGAAGGGGGAUUUGAUGGGCGAGGCACGGUUGAGCAGUGGCCCUUUAGAAUUUGUAUGCCUCGUAUCUCUAGAAAUCUGUUUCAUGCUUUGAGCAUGCUGACAGGUAUUACAGGUUCCUUACGGAUUAUUUAUGGUCGUGUAUUCCAUUGUGCAAGGAGGAGAAAAUGGAAGGUAGACAAUUAUUGGCUGCAGGAUUUCGUGGGAGUAGCUUCACUUACCGCCCCACUGUGAGCUCUCAAACCUAAAACCUUCCUGCGAUCUAG